AUGGUGAUUAGCUCUUCUGCUGGUUCGUUUUUCUUCUCUGCAAUCUAUGCCCGCUGCACCAGAGUUGCUAGACAUCCACUCUGGGGGGCCAUGGAGAAUUUGGCCGCGUCAAGACUGGGGCCCUGGAUGGUGGCUGGGGAUUUUAAUAUCAUUGCGGAGGCCUCAGAGCGGCUUGGGGGCGCACCACCGAAUGCAAGAAACAUGGAGGAGUUUAAUCACACUCUGUUUAAGUGUGAUCUUACCUCGGUGGAAUUCGACGGCCCUCAAUACACUUGGACAAACGGGAGGGUGUGGCAGCGCUUAGAUCGGGCGUUGGUUAACAGGGAGUGGGCUGAACAGUUUGCAGUUUCCCGAGUGGUACAUUUGGCGCGGGGGCGGUCUGACCAUGCUCCCCUACUAAUCCAAUGUGGGUCAGGAAGGAAAGGGACAUCAUCAUUCAGGUUCCUCAAUGUGUGGCCUCGACAUAAUUCCUUUCUUGGGAUUGUUCAGGAAGCAUGGGGAAGGGGAGGCCCUUCGCAUACGAUGUCAGGGUUCUAUAGAAAGUUGUUAGGGGUGCGGGACAAGCUGAGGGUAUGGAAUAAGGAAGUUUUUGGACAUAUUGGAAACCGGGUGGCGGACUUAGAAAAGGAAAUGCGGACCGCGGAAUUGCAGUAUGACACGGAGAGGACAGUGGCGUCAAAGAUUGCUUAUCAUGAGGCGCGGGCGACGUAUAUGCAUCAAUUGGCCGUUGAGUGUGGCUUUUGGCGUCAAAAAUCGAGGAUCAAAUGGAUUCAGGAGGGGGACGCGAAUACGACUUUCUUCCAUGCGGUGGUUCGGCAACGGAGGGCCUCAAAUUACAUCUCUAGGAUUCGGGGUCCGACAGGGCAAUGGCUUACUCAGGUUGAGGACAUCAAGAGUUCGGCAGUAUCUUUCUUCGAGUCUUUGUUCAGUUCAGAUAGGGGUACUGAUCGGCAUCCCGUGCUGCCUUUUGACCUCCCACAGGUGACUUUAGGGGAUAAUGAGAAGCUACUGGCACUGCCAACAUUAAUUGAAGUGCGCGAUGUGGUAUUCUCGAUAUGUCCAGAUAGUGCUGCUGGGCCAGACGGCUUUGGAUCAGGUUUCUAUCAGGCAUGUUGGGAGAUAAUUAAGGAGGACUUGGUGGCUGCAGUACAGGAUUAUUUUAAAGGGGGAUGGCUACCAAAAGGGGUGACAAGUACGUCAAUCGUGUUAAUACCGAAACUUCAGGGGGCUUCUCAGUGGCAGGACUUUCGGCCCAUCAGCCUAUGUAACGUUAGCUCCAAGAUUAUUUCUAAGCUAGUGUCCAAUAGGUUGAAUCAGCUCCUUCCCCGCCUGAUCUCUCCUUGGCAGUCGGGCUUUGUGCCGGGGCGCCAAAUAAUGGAUAAUAUCCUUGUGACGCAGGAGCAUGCAAAGGAUUUGGACCGUCGGUUGGAGGCUCCGAACCUCAUGUUAAAACUGGAUAUGGAAAAAGCAUAUGACAGAGUUGAGUGGUCCUUUCUCCUAUUCAUGCUUAGAUCGUUUGGCUUCCAGGAGCCAGUGGUGGAUUUACUAUUUCGUUUGGUCGCAAAUAACUGGUUUUCUGUGCUUGUAAAUGGGGAGCCGGCUGGAUUUUUCAAAUCGACGAGGGGGGUCAGACAGGGGGAUCCAAUCUCCCCGGGGCUCUUUGUAUUAGUUACAGAGUAUUUUGGCAAGGGCCUCUACUCCUUGUUUCGGCAAGGUCGACACAGGUUUUUUCAGGCAGGAGGAAUGCGGGUACCAUAUCUGGCGUUCGCUGAUGAUGUCAUUAUUUUCACCAGGCUUUCACGGGAGACUUUACAAGCGAUUAGUGCCUUCUUCAAGCAGUACCAGCAAUACUCUGGACAGAAGAUCAAUGUGUCGAAGAGUGGUUUUGUGUGCUCGUCUGGGGUGUCGGCGGCACAAGUGGAGUUGGUGACUCGUAUACUGGGGUUCCAGCGGCAAUUUUUCCCGCUGGUCUAUCUUGGUGUCCCCAUUUCCCGGGGUCGGAGUUCCAUUGUUGAUUUCGAUGGGAUUAUCGCAAAGGUGAGGGCGCGGGUCUACCACUGGAGUGCGAGGUUGUUAUCUAUGGGGGGGAAAUUAAUUCUUACAAAGCACGUCUUGAGUUCGAUGCCUCUAUACCUUUUACAAGUGCUUAAGCCCCCCAAGGCAGUCUUAGUGGCCUUGGGUCGAAUUUUCAACUCCUUCUUAUGGGAUAAAUCCCACGACGCUAAACGUACGCACUGGGCGUCCUGGGAGAGGUUGUGCUUUCCCACAGAGGAGGGUGGAUUGGGGGUCAGGUUGUUGGAAGAUAUGGUCAAAGCUUUCUCUUAUAAGCUGUGGUGGAGAUUACGCCAAAGGGAUUCCAUAUGGUCGGACUUCAUGUAUUCUAAGUACAUUGGGGACCGACAUCCGUUGCAGGCGGAGGUGGCUCGCCCGUCGGGGACAUGGAAACGGCUAAUCGGCAUACGCGAGUUGGUGGAGGUACAGAUCACAUGGAGUCUGGGACCAGGAAUGGUAGAUUUCUGGUUGGACACUUGGUGUGAGCUGGGCCCCUUAUAUGCAUUGGUUCCAACAGAUGGAGACAGGCCGCACUUUUUGGUGGCUGAGUUUUUGGGGCGGGAAGGAUGGAAUAGGGACCGACUACUUCGCUGGCUCCCGGGUAAUUUGGUGGAUGUCAUAGUGGAGACUCCAUUCGACUUGGAUGGGCAUGAUCAAAUCCUGUGGGCGAAGUCGGCGACCGGGUUUUUUUCUUUAAACUCGGCUUGGGAGCUGUGCCGGCAACGUCGGGGCGGUUUAACUUUGGCUGGGAUGAUUUGGAAUAAAGGUACACCAUUGAAAAUAUCAUUUUUUGCUUGGCGGCUGAUGAACAAUUUUGUGGCCUUGGAUUCGGUGAUGCGUAGAAGAGGGCUGCCCGUGGUGUCCAGGUGCUCCUGCUGCCUGGAGGAGGCAGAAACCUUGCCACAUCUCUUCUCAAUGGACCGGUGGCAAGAGAGGUUUGGGGGCAUUUUGCAGGUCAUUGUUGAGGUGAGCAAUUUCUUGCAUGACUUGGGAAGAGCAAAAAAGUUGGACAAGGCACAGUUCAACGGCGACCGGGACUGUGUAUGGGCACGCUUCGUGUCCGACGGAACUCGUAAAAGACGUCCAGUGCUGGUGACUUGGGAGAAGCCACCGCCCCUGCGGUACAAAUUAAACACGGAUGCUAGUGUGGUCAACGGGAGGGCAAGUGGAGGAGGAGUGCUCCGGGAUUCUUUUGGUAGGGUUAUCCUGGCCUUUUACAAGGAGUUUGGGGAAAAAGGAGUUCUGCAGGCAGAGGCUCUAGCAGUAUUAGAGGGGCUCCUUAUAUGUGCGGCAAAGGGGUUACGAGGGAUUCUAGUGGAGGUGGACUCGGCAGUACUCGUAUCGUUAGUCAACUCUUCGGCUCAGGGAGGCUGGUUGUUAUGUAAUGUGCUGCGGCGGAUUCGGCGCCUUUUGGAUCAAGUGGCUAUGUCGUUUACUCACAUAUUCCGAGAAGCAAAUGGGGUGGCAGAUAGGCUAGCUGCUCUACAAGGGGGUAUCAAUCAAGUUUUUGAUUCGCAUCUGCAGCUUCCUAGGGAGGUGCGAGGUUGUAUUGCUAUGGAUGCUGCCCAAAUCCCGUCUUUUAGACUAGUGGCUCAGUAG